CGACGCCACCGACUCCUCCUGAAAGCAUCUAGCCUCAAACACAGUUGACAUCUAUGUGCGAGAUGGCGCUCGGCGGCGGCGGCGCACGGUCCGUCUAAUUUGGUCUCCAAGCGCAUCGUUUGUCGCCUUUCUUGCGUGUCGACCACCCGCUUCGGAAGCCAACGAUGGAGGGGGGCAAACCGAGUCUGCCGCUCGUCUACCAGGCGGUCCAGGCCCUUCACCACGACCCGGACCCGGCCGGGAAGGAGCGAGCUUCGGUGUGGCUCGGGGAGCUCCAGACAUCGAUGUAUGCGUGGGAGAUCUCCGAUCAGCUGCUGCUGCUCAAACAGGACGUGGAGUCGUGUUACUUUGCCGCUCAGACCAUGAAGAUGAAGAUCCAGACUUCCUUCUACGAGCUUCCGCCCGAUUCCCACAAUGCCCUGCGUGACUCGCUGCUCUCUCACAUCCAGAACCUCAAAGACUUGUCGCCCAUUAUUGUGACGCAACUGGCUUUAGCCAUCGCGGAUCUCGCUCUUCAGAUGGCAUCCUGGAAAGGAUGCGUGCAUACUCUCAUCGAAAAAUACAACGGCGACAUCGGCUCCAUGCCUUUCCUCAUGGAGAUCCUGACCGUGUUGCCCGAAGAAGUCCACAGCCGCUCGCUUCGUAUCGGAGCCAAUCGGAGGACGGAGAUUAUCGAGGAUUUGGCGUAUUACUCUUCCACCGUGGUCACGCUUCUGGGCUCGUGUGUGGAAAAGACGGGUAGUAAUGAGAAGAUGCUCAUGAAAGUUUUUCGUUGUCUGGGGAGCUGGUUCAACCUGGGGGUCUUGGACAGCAACUUCAUGGCUACCAACCAGCUGCUCAUGGUCCUAUUCCAAGUCUUGCAGAGGGACGACACGUCCAGCAACCUCCACGAAGCGGCCGCCGACUGCGUGUGCUCCGCCCUCUAUGCCAUUGAGAAUGUGGAGACCAACGCCACGUUGGCGCUGCAGCUCUUCCGGGGCGUGCUGACGCUGGAGACGGCCUACCACAUGGCCGUGGCCCGCGAGGACCUGGACAAAGUUCUCAACUAUUGCAGAAUCUUCACCGAGCUGUGCGAGACCUUUUUGGAGACGACGGUCAGGACCCCGGGUCAGGGAAUGGGAGACCUGAGGACGCUGGAGCUGCUGUUGAUCUGCGCCGGACACCCCCAGUACGAGGUGGUGGAGAUCUCCUUUAACUUCUGGUACCGGCUGGGUGAAAAUCUCUACAAGAUCAACGACGUGGCCCUUCACACCGUAUUCCGCCCGUACAUUCAGAGACUUCUGCACUGCUUGGCUCGACAUUGUCAGCUGGACCCGGACCACGAAGGAAUUCCCGACGAGACGGACGACUUUGGCGAGUUCAGGAUGAGGGUUUCCGACCUGGUUAAAGACGUGAUUUUUCUCGUAGGCUCAAUGGAAUGCUUCUCCCAGUUGUAUUCCACCCUGAAAGACGGGAACCCUCCUUGGGCGGUGACCGAAGCCGUUCUCUUCAUCAUGGCCGCCAUCGCCAAAAGCGUGGACCCUGAAAACAACCCGACUCUUUUGGAGGUGUUGCAGCAAGUGGUCUUGCUUCCGGAGGCGGUACACGUGGCGGUGCGCUACACCAGCAUCGAGCUGGUCGGAGAGAUGAGCGAGGUCGUCGACCGGAACCCCCGAUUCCUCGACCCGGUGUUGAAUUACCUGAUGAAGGGUCUGAGAGAGAAACCUCUGGCCUCGGCCGCAGCCAAGGCCAUCCAUAACAUCUGCUCCGUGUGCCGAGACCACAUGACUCAGCACUUCCAGGGCCUCCUGGACAUCGCCCGCUCCCUGGAUUCCUUCGCGCUCUCCACGGAGGCCGCCGUCGGGCUGCUUAAAGGAACGGCGCUGGUCCUGGGUCGUCUUCCUCUCGACAAGAUCGCCGAGUGCCUGGGCGACUUGUGCGCCGUUCAGGUCUCCGCCCUUAAAAAGCUUCUGGCCGAAGAAUCGACAAACGGCCGAUCGGCCGAUCCCACCGUCUGGCUGGACAGACUGGCCGUCAUUUUCAGACACACGAACCCCAUCGUGGAGAACGGACAGACGCACCCUUGUCAGAAAGUCAUCCAGGAGAUCUGGCCCGUGCUGUCCGAGACGCUCAACACUCACCAGGCGGACAACCGCAUCGUGGAACGAUGCUGCCGCUGCCUCCGUUUCGCCGUGCGCUGCGUGGGAAAAGGAUCCGCCUCCUUACUCCAGCCGCUGGUCACUCAGAUGGUGAGCGUAUACCGGGUGCACCCGCACUCGUGCUUCUUGUACCUGGGCAGCAUCCUGGUGGACGAGUACGGCAUGGAGGAGGGCUGUCGCCAAGGUCUUCUGGACAUGUUGCAGGCUUUGUGCAUGCCAACCUUCCAGCUUUUGGAGCAAUCCAACGGCCUGGUCAAUCAUCCCGACACCGUGGACGACCUGUUCAGACUGGCGACCAGGUUCGUGCAGCGGAGUCCCGUCACGCUGCUCAGCAGCGGCAUUAUCGUUCACAUCAUCCAGUGCGCCAUCGCCGCCACCUCGCUGGACCACCGAGACGCCAACUGCAGCGUCAUGAAGUUUGUGCGAGACCUCGUUCACACCGGAGUGGCAAACGACCACACGGAGGACUUUGAUCUUCGGAAGCGGCUGAUCGCUCAGGCCAUGGAGCAGCACGGCCAGCAGCUGGUCACGCAGCUCAUGCACUCGUGUUGCUUCUGUUUGCCCGCGUACACGCUGCCCGACAUCGCCGAGGUCUUGUGGGAGGUCAUGACGUUCGACCGGCCGACCUUUUGUCGCUGGUUGGAGAGCGCUCUGAAGGGCUUGCCGAAGGAGACGUCGGGGGGCACGGUCACGGUCACGCACAAGCAGCUGACGGAUUUCCACAAACAAGUCACCAGUGCCGAUGAAUGUAAACAAGUUUGCUGGGCCAUCAGAGAGUUCACCAAACUAUUCCGGUAAAAUGUUUUCGGGAGGUGGAGAGGCGGCGGCCUAAGUCGGGCGGGACCGGGACGGCCGACCGUCCCGGAGGCGGGCGGACCACGCGAGACCGACGGAUCCGGAAGAGCGAGCGAACAGACGCGCCCGCGGCAACGGCGGAUCGGGCCGGACGGGCGGAGUUCACCGAGUGAACAAAAACGGAAUGUACCCGCCGCCUGCUCCGCUUUUUUAAAGAGAAACUUUAUUUUUGGGGAUUUUGGCCAAGGUGUACAGAGAGCCGAAGGAUAUCCCUCGAUACCUGUGGGGGUGGGGGGCGGGGGGGGGGGGGGGGUGCGUCAUCUCAUCUUUUCUAGUUUAUUUUUCUUUUUGUUGAGUUGUUUCGCUGCAAAAAGUGAUGGUGUCAACGCUAGGACGGAAGUGACGUUGCCUUGUUGUAGACAAUAAACGGCCGAUACGACAACAUGUGAAUGUGUUGUUCAAUUUCUGUUUGAGUCACGCUUUCCGCAGUCGGCACCGACUCCGGCGAGGCUGAAACGACGCACGCAAGUGUCGCGGUGCCACGUUGGGCGUCCUUUCUUUUGGCGGUCGCAGGAUGUCGUCCGUCUCCCGUGGACGCUAUCGCAAACGCGUCACCGUCUCCGAUCUAAUACAGAUUAGAAUGCGAUUCGUUCAUUCGGUAUCACGUCAAUUUCUGUGCGGCUGAGAUUUUGUGUGGGUUAUUAUGCCUUUAUUGUACACUACUGUAAAAUAGCACUCUUAUUACCAUCUCGCCUGCCUAAAUUUUUUAUUAGCAACAAGAAUAAAUGGCUUUUAGGAAGAAAGUGUUGAAUGACUUCUUUUUUGCUGCUGUAUUUUUAUGUCAUGGAGCGGGCGGUAGUACCUGGAGAGGAUGUUUGCUUGCAGGCGCUAUAACUGUGAGGAACAGUGGUAAAGUGUUUUGUUGUAGUAGCAGUAAACCUCUCUCUUGGGAAGACGAGACAUGAUCAGCAACUUGUGACAAGUGCGAUGUUCAAAGACCCUACGACGGGGUUCACUAAAUAAGGGCCUCGGUGCCACUUUUCCACCGAAGUCCGGAUUUAGUCAACCCUGCCCUACAAAAUAAAGUGUGUUGAGUUCUGCUGCCUUUUAAUCGUCAUACCAGGCAAAACACGAUAAAUGAUUGGCCUAAUCAAGUUGUGUCUUUUUAGCGUCCUCGUACCUGCAAGGCUUUGUCAAGUAACACGCACCUGAGAAGUCCAUCACUGAGGUAUGCUAUUUGAGCAAUGUCCGUUCAUCGUACCUGUACAGAUGCCUACUCUAUAGGACUAAAAACCUUAAAGGAUUUGGACAUCUUUUGUGAGAGUCAAGCGGAAGUACCUCUCCCCGGCUCCUCGAUCACGUCUUUUUUUCAACAUUUCAGCGACGAAAGCUUUAAAGGCCUAGGAGGAGACAACCUUGGUUUGUCAAAGACGCAAGUGGACUCUUACUGGCUUUUGUAAUUCUCAAAUUACACGCAAUUCAGAUAUAGGAGGGCAAAACAAACUGCCUGCUCGUUGAAGUGCGACCUGGUUUUUUUGCUUGCCUGUCAUAAGACAGGCUGUCUAUUCAUGCCAAUUUGAUACAUUUCCUACUAGAUCUGUAUAACUCCUAGCCUGUUUUUGCAAUUACUGAUUAUAUCACUGAUUGGGGAAAGAUUGUGAUAAAUCAUGCCAAAGACCUACCACUCUUCCCAUUGUGAAGGGUCGAGCUGCCAACCAGCUUCAUAACAAAGGUCUGCUGUGCCGGGUAAAUUCAUCAUUCAUAAGUUCAUCCUCCCCGAUUUCGGGAGCGCAAGCACUGGUCUUACUUUCAGCAAAGGUUGCAGAAGCUAUAUUUGCGCAGUCGCAUUGAAGUUUAAAUGUGUACGUGCCAGUUUUAAAUAUGAGAAGGUUGUUGUAAGUGCUGUGUGAUGCAGCCUCAUCAAUUCGUGACCCCAUACUCGCUCACAUGCUCCUGUGCAGCUUCUGAAUCUACCACAUUCGAGCAGUCAAUAUAUCAAGUCCAAAUUGUGUACCGUAGGAGCAGUAAAGAAAAAAACGUAUAGUGCUGUGAUUUUUAAAUCAGCAGAGUAGAGCAGUGAUUUAAAAAAAAAAAGUCAUCCUGAUGUUUGCAUUGUCCAUGUUAGUCAUUUUUAAGUUUCUCAGUGGCGCAUGUUAAGUCAAUUGUGAUAUUGCAAUGGAAUGUUUUCCUUGGCACCCUAACCCUUGUGUUAGAAAUAUGCGGCACGUUUGUUAGUGAAUUAACUUGGCCUUGAAAUACUAACCCUUUGCAGUAUAUCAUUUUUGGGUAUGUCAAAAGUACCAUUGAUUUUUGCAUACGAAAAUUUGAGUACGCAUCAAUUCUGACUCCAACACAAUACGGGGGCUAAAGUACACUUGGCGAAGAUGGUGUAGAAGAUGAUGCUGUCCCGAGUUGAGUCUUAAAAAAAAAAAAAAAAAUCAGUUCAAAGCAUGCAGUGGUGAAAAUCACCAAAUGAAAAUCUAACCCUAAAACAUUCAAGAGCCAUGUUUGUGUAAUGCAGUGCUUCUCAAUUAUUUUCUGUUACGCCCCCCCAAGCAAGAAGUAAAUGUUUCGCGCCCCCCCAAACUCUCCGCCGCCACUGUAAAUAGUAUUAUUCGUCUAUAAAAUUACUAUUAUAAAUACGCAUCUGCCUAACAUUGUGUCCUUUUUUUCUAAUAAAAAAAGUAACAGAUCAACUUAUGAUAAAGUAUAACUUUAUUAACAUUGUUUUGUUUGUAACAGAGAAGACUUGACGUGCAUCAAUUUGCCUGAAUAAAAAAAAAGGUCACAUUCAAACUGUAAAAAUACACUCAAGGUAUUUUUGACCAUUUGAUACAGAAAAAUAAAAUGUAAUAAAAUCCGUAAAUAAUAACAAAUUCAAAUUGAUUAGAAACAUUUACUCAUGAGGACAAUAUGCCAAAAAAUUUGACCGAAAAAACAAAAAUGAAUAAAGGAAAAAAAGAGUGUCCUUGGACAGAAGGACAGUUUUUAUUUUUGCUGCUCACACUCAGUAUUACCUCCUUUGCAGUGGUGUGGAGUCAUUUUGCAAUGAGCAUGCUAACAAUGCUCACUGGUUUACUGAUAUAACACUGACAAAGCAGGACUAUUGUUAGCAAUAUUCGGCACGUUUUCGCUGAAAAACAAUCAAGCGGCUUAUCAAUGAGAUUGGGGUCGAAUGUCUUUAAGUGGCGUCUUAAUUGAUUUGGCUUCUGGCUGUCCGCUAUAAUUAUUUUCAGACACAGUAAACAGUAGUCUUUCCUCAUCACCCCACUGUAUUAAAAGUCAAAGCUAAAAGGCAAACGGCACGAAAAAAGCGCAUUCUCGGCGGCCGAGGUAGAACCGUAGGUGAGGGCGGUCGUCGUGACGAUCCCAAGCCGAAAAUGGCACUUCUCGGGCGGCGACGUGAGAACCGGACAAGACAGUGGAUCGCUGCGUGAGUGAGUUCGGUCGGAAAACAGCGUUCGAAAACGGUGGCGGCGCACUGCUCUUCAUAUCUGUUUUCUGUGUGCUGAGUGCUCUUCCUUAGUUCAAAAAUACUGCACGCACUCUGAAAAUGAGAGCGCCACUGCCACCCACUGAGUGGAUGUGCAAGUACACUUUAUUCCAGUCCGGCAAAAAAAAGAAAAAAGCAUGUUCCCCGAGGACACAUGCGCCCCCCCUGGCAUCGCUCUGCGCCCCCCCAGGGGGGCGCGCCCCACUAUUUGAGAAGUACUGGUGUAAUGGCACAGGACUCCUACACCCCUGAGACAGCACUAGGACACCAAAUGCAGCUUUUCGUUCAAGGUUUAUUGACAAUAUUGGGGGGGUGUUAGAAAUACAUAAAGGGGGUUGGCCCGAGCUGGGAUCGUCUCAUGGUUGGGGCUCCAGGCUGCAUGUGGUGGGGCUCCUCCAGGAGGACGAGCAAAUGGCACUACUCAAUAAAACAUACAAUAGUCACUGCAAUAUAAAAACACAGUAAUAUC